AACGUCAUUCUCGUCCGUUACUCCAUCAUUUUUAACAAUCGAUGAGUAUAGCUCGACCAGGCCGGCGGCACCAGUUCAAAUUUCAACGCAGUCAAUUGUUUUGGAGGGCGGUGGUACUAAUGAGUUCACGAAAUCAAAUUUAAUUGAAGCACUCAGAGCAUCAAAACCAACCAGCGAUCGGAUUUACGACAGUGAGCACGACAGCAAAAGGAAUACUGCGCUCAGCAAAAGCACCAAUCUUAUCGCAUUUGUGGGCGCUCAAGCAUUCAACGUUGGCGAACAAUUCGAAACGCUACAAGCGGAUGAGAGUCUAUCGAAUUUGGAUCGAGAUGAAGUUAUUGCAAUCGUGGUCGGUAAUGCAGAUCUUACAACGGAUCAGCUAUAUUGCUUCAAUAACCUUCAAAUGAUCUUACCACUGAAUUCAUCAUACUCCUCACAAUUAUUUACGGACAGUCGCAUUUGUGUAGAGCAUAUAAUGGCAAAAGAGUGGAUCACUGAUAAGGCGGACACUACGAUGGCAUUGAUUCUGAAUUUGUUCAGAAGGCCGCUCAAAUCGACCGGUAAUGAUGAGCAGCGUUGGCUGGCCGGACGUAAGGCAAUAGCUCACAGUGUUUUGGGUAUUGUCGGGCUUGGAAGGGUUGGGCUAGCAGUUCUAGAUCGCGCACGUCGUUUCCAGUUUGACGUCGUCUUCUACGAUCCAGGUGUACAAGCUAGAACUGAAGAUGCACUCGGCGUAAAACGCGCCUCGUCAUUACGUGUACGUUUUAUACGUAUUUCGUGA